CCUAUAUGCGUGUUUCUAUAAAAAUUCAAACUUUCAAAAUAUUUGACUGACUUCUCGUCAUUAGUUCGAGAUAUUUGUGUAUAUAAUCAGGUGAUUUCAGAGAACAUCUCUCUAUGAAGUUAAAAGAUUAUUUUACAUAAACUUCAAAACAAAAUUAACAACAAUGGCAUCAAAAAAGAAAGACAAACGAAUACACUUAAGUAUUGCAGAACGUGUCACAAUAUUAAACAGGUUAGAUAAUGGAGAAAAAGCUAUCGAUUUAGCAAAGGAAUACAAAAUAACUCAAGCGGCAAUAUCGCUAAUAAAAAAAGCGAAAGAACACAUACUACGACAACAUUCUAUACUUUUAGAGAGCCAAGGGAGUACCGCCAAGAAAAGGUUUACAGUUGAGGAUAAUCGUCUCGAAAAAUCUCUAUACGAGUGGUUUAUUGAGAAAACAAAUAAGGGUGAUGCAGUAACGGGACCGAUGUUGCAAAAGAAAGCAGUGGAAUUGAACGCUGAAUUAGACGGUUCCAGCACUUUUAAAGGUUCUCCAGGUUUUGUGAAUAAAUUCAAAAAAAGACACAACAUCACGUGUUUGCAUCACAUUGCUGAUAAAAAGACAAGUGAUCGAUUUUAUCAAGAACUUGCAAACUAUAUCAAUGAAACUAAAACACCUUUGGACAAGAUUUAUAAUGCUGAUAAAACUGGCCUCUGUUGGAAAAUGUUGCCAAGUAAAUUACCAAUUGCCGAUGACAAGAGUCAAGAGUCUUUUGGAAACAUACUCUACAAAGACAGAGUUGCUUUAAUGAUUUGUACAAAUGCUACAGGGAGUCAUAAGCUUCCAAUUUUAGUUAUAGGAAAAAACAAUCAGUCGCAUUGCUUUAACAAUGUGCAGUUUUUACCAGUUUUCUAUGAGGAACAGCAAAACGCCACAAUGGACAGUGAAUUAAUGUUAAAAUGGUAUAAAGACAUUUUUCUGCCAGAAAUAGAGCAACACCACGGAUCAAAUGAUCAGCAGUGCCUUCUUUUACUUGAAAACGCCCCUUGUCAGUUAUCAGCAGAACAAUUCAACACAAUUAGUCAACGAUGCAAAGUAAUGUUUCUACUUCCUAAUGUAAAAUCGCUUGUACAGCCAGUAAAUCAGGGAAUAAUCGCAAAAUGUAAGCAAAUUUACAAAAGAAAUCUUCUUCGAAUAGCGCUUACAGAAAAUACUUCCGAAGGUGUAGAAAGAGUUAUAAGAUCGUUCGAUUUGCUUCGUUGCUGCUAUUUAAUAAGUAACGCUUGGGAUUCGAUAACAGAUAAUUUUAUAAGAAAAGCUUGGAAGAACAUUAUCAAAGCCCAUGCACAUUCGGAGUCACAAUGUGUCGAAGAUUCGGAAAUUGAAAACACAUUAACGCAUACGUUUGGUGAUAACAAAUUUUCAUCUAAAGAGAUUAUCGCGUGGUUGCAUAAUGAUGAUGAUGAUGAUGAUGAUGAUGAUAAACUUGAAACGGCAUUAUUGAAUAUUCAAGAAGCAACUUCUCUAGAAGACAAUAAAGAAACAGUGGAAAUAGAAAAUGCGGAAAAUGAAAUGGAAAGUGAAACGGAACACGAUUAUCUUAUUAUAAAUAAACAUAAAAUUAAGGCGAGAGAUGCUGUUCUUGCUAUAAAUACAAUAAUAGAUUAUGUAAACCAGACUGAAGAUCCUUCCAAGAACUGUGAUUGUUUAUUUAAACUCUGGCUGCGAGCAAUCAAAGAGCUUCAAGAUACUUGAAGUCAACUCAGAUAGCGAAAUAAGAGAAAUGUAUGUCACCAGAUCGCAAUCCGUUGCGAUUUGGGAUUCGCAGCAGAUUGUUUCAGCGAUGACGCACAAGAGCACGGCUGCACGGCGAAAAUGCUUCAAAAGUGAAAAACUAUUUGUCGUCGCUACGUCAAAAAGUUUUUCAAUUGUAAAAAUGUAU